AUGCCAGGAAUCACGGUUUCGCCGAUCAAUCCGUCUCGACCCGAAUUCGGGGCACUCGUCGACCAUGUGGACCUGGACAAUCUCUCAGAUGCGGGCUUCGAGGCCCUCCGCAACGCCCUCUACACCUACAAUGUCAUCUGCAUCAAGUCUCAGUCGAACCUCUCACCCAAGGGCCAGGCAGAACUGACCCGACGCUUCGAUCCUGAGGCAAUGUCAUACGGCCACGGCAAGACCAUUGACGCCAAGCGCUCCAUCCUCCAUCCCGACCUCAAAACCGUGCCCCAUCAGCCCGAGGUUCAGGUCAUUGGAAACGGUUUUGUCCCCGAGUACGAGGGCCUCAAGAACAUCACCUUAAAGCAUCCGCAUCAUCGAACAUUCCACAAGACCGUCAUUCCUGAUGACCAAGACCUGGAUUUUACCCGCUUCUACCGCUGGCACAUUGACGCCGCACUGUUCGGGGGCCUUCAGCCGCCGCUCGUGACAUCGCUGCUUGCUGUCAAGGUCCCCACCGGACGGACCCAAACCGUUCUCUACGAUGACGGCAGCAAUGACACCCUUCGUGUCCCUCUCGGCACCACCGCCUUUGUAUCCGGAUAUACAAUGUUUGAGAAUUUGAGUGCCGAGCAAAAGGAAUUCGUGCUCACCUCCCAAGUCGAAUAUGCACCCCAUCCAUAUGUCUGGAUCUCGACGGCCAAAUCACGCCCGGACGGGCUGGGCAUGGUGUCCGAAGGAAAGGAAGUACCCAUCGAUGAACUUCCGCCUAUCGAAAAUGCCACCGACGUCCAAAUCCAGCCCAUGGUCUGGCAAAACCCCAUCACCGGCAGGUUCGCCUUGCAAAUCCACCCGUCCGUCGUUCGCAAGAUCCACCUUCGUGACGGCAGCGUCAUUGGCGACUUGGCCAAGGUAAGAGAGAUCGUGCACGACUUACAGCGCCCUGGCAUCGCGCCAGAGCUUGUGUAUGCGCACGACUGGGAGGAAGGAGACCUUGUGCUGUUCAACAAUCACGGAGUUUUGCACAGUGUUGUGGGCGCCUUCGACAAGGAUGAAGUUCGGUUGUUUCGUCAAUGCAACUUGGCCGCGAGUCGGCCGCCUGUUGGGCCGGAAGUCCGAGGCCCCCUUGUCCGCAUUGCACCAGAAUAUCUGGUUUGUGGUGACCCAAUUGAAAUUCGCCGUAUGUGGGGAGUGCGCUCUCAGUUCGAUCGAGCGCCAUGGUUCAAGGGCUUCCAACUCGACCCACCAAAUGAUUGCAGCCUGUCCAUCCGUGACAGCACCCUACACAGCCUUCUCAGGUCCAAACUUUCACCCGGCUACUCUGGAAAGGACAUUGACGGUCUACACAAGUCGAUCGACUAUCAAGUAGCGAAGUUCGUUCGCUUUAUUGAGGAGAAGUACCUCUCGACUGAGACGGAUUUCCGCCCGGUUGACUUUGCUCGUAAGAUCCAGUUCUUGACCUUGGACCUCAUUUCCACAUUCGCUUUACGAGGAACAUUUGGCUUCAUGGAUAAAUAUGAGGACCUCUUCGACUACAUCAAAACAACGGAAGAAUCACUUCCUCUUAUGCAAAUGAUAGCCUUGCUACCAGGGCUCUUGAGCGUUCUUCACUCUCCUCUGUUCAAAGUGAUCCGACCAACGCACACUGACGCCAUUGGACUCGGCAAGAUUAUGGGAAUUGCCAAAGAAAUCGCGUCAGAGCGAUACGGCGAUUCGGAGAUUGUCAAACGAGAUAUGCUAGGAUCGUUCGUCGCUCGCGGUCUUACACAAAAAGACGCCGAGUCUGAGUCCCUCGUUCAAAUCGUGGCAGGCUCUGACACAACCGCCACGGUGAUCAGAAUAGGGAUUUUUCACGCCUCAACGUCACCACUGGUUUAUCAAACACUGCAAGAAGAAAUUGAUAGAGGCGUCAAAGCUGGUCAGAUAUCGGUGCCGAUCAAGGACUUCGAAGCACGAGCACUCCCCUUAUUGCAGGCAUUCAUCAAAGGAUGCUUUCGGAUCUGGCCACCUAUUACAGACAUCGUCCCGCGAGUCUCGGGCACGGAGGCAGUAGUCUGUGGCCAUCGGGUUCCCGGCAACACAAACGUUGGCUGGAGCGGACGUUCAGUCAUGCGAGACAGGAAUGUGUUUGGAGAUGAUGCAGACCUAUUCUCGCCCGAGCGAUGGCUACGAACUCAGGGCGAGCAACUUCCAACCAUGGAAAACACUAUCGAGCUCGUGUUUGGUCAAGGUAAAUGGGGUUGUCUAGGCAAGCCCAUUGCCUUGUUGGAGCUGAACAAGGUAUUCGUCGAGCUUCUACGACGAUUCGACUUUCCUGUUGUCAAUCCAGCUCAUCCUAUGGACACCUUUGACUACGGCGUCAUGACACAAUUUAACCUCAUGCUGAGGAUCACAAAGCGGAAGAGUCCAGUGGGAAUGUUGAGCUGCAGCUACCCCAACUGGACUGUGGAACGAGAAGACACCUGUAGAGAGAGCACAGCUGAGGUUUCAAACCUAAGAAGGACUCCGCAGAAUGACUCGAUGUCGUGUCGGGAUAGUAUUAUCGAGUCUUUCUAG